AAAAUAUAUAAAUAUAGACACUCACACAUAAAACUUGUUCACUCACAAACACUCAUAUUUGUGUGUCUGUUUCUUUUCUUGUUAUAACUGCUUUUGCUUUCAGUGUUUCUCUCUCUCUUUCUCUCUCUCACAGUUCUAAUUUUAGUUAUAAAUCUUAAUAUGGGAGAACUAGUUAUGGAGGAACAAAAACUGAUGGAUUUUUCUAAGAAAGAUGCAACUCAUAUUGCCAAAGGAAAACGCACUAAGAGGUUAAGACUUUUGUCUCCUUGUGGUGUUGUUUCUACUAGUAUCACAUCUAGUGAAGAAAAUGGGUAUUUUGAUGAUGAGAUUGAAGAUGAUGAUGAAGAAGAAGAUAUGGCUAAUUGUUUGAUUCUCCUUGCUCAAGGAGGAAAUCACAAGCAACAUGAUGAUGAUGACGAUGACGACCGCGGCGACAACAGAAGGGAAAAGGGUAGUAAUGGAAAUAAAAAAAUUGCUCAGAUUGUAACUGCUGGUGCUACUGCUACCACAAAAGCUGGUUUGUAUAUUUAUGAAUGCAAAACAUGUAACAGAACUUUUCCUUCUUUUCAAGCAUUGGGUGGUCAUAGAGCAAGUCACAAAAAGCCUAAAAUUAUGGCUGAGGAGAAAAAAGAGAAACUACCAUCAUCGCCACCGUCCUCAAUCUCAUCUCAUGAUUCGCAGUCAGUUAAACUGAUUGCGAAUCAUGAUGAGCUUGAAGAAGCCGAGAUACCUCGUGGCGGGCCUACAAUUUCUUUUCUAAUGGGGAAUCAAGGAUUGAAAGCUAUCAAUGGAAACAAGGGUAAGAUUCAUGAGUGUUCUAUUUGUGGAUCAGAAUUCACAUCUGGACAAGCAUUAGGUGGACACAUGAGGAGACAUAGGACAUCCUCCGCGAACGCACCUAUCGCGGAGGAGAGAGUAGUUCGGCCGCAGAAUAUUCUACAGUUUGAUCUUAAUCUUCCGGCUCCCGAAGAGGAUCUCCGGGAAUCAAAGUUUCAGUUUCCGGCUACACAAAAAUCUAUGGUGAUGUCUGCUGCUCCGGCUUUGGUGGGUUGUCAUUAUUAAACAAUGGCGGAAUUAAUUGCAACAAGAGUUUUUUUUAUUUAUUUGUUAUUAAUGAUGAACAAUGUGAAUGAUUAUAGCGUUAUUUUUAAUUUACAAUUAUUGAUAAUUAUCCAAUAUUCCUUGGAUUAUUAUUCUUUGGUUUAUUAAUAAUUUCCAUUUCCAUUUUGAUAUACAUGAUCUGAAAAAUUUGUUCAA